AGCUGCCAAGAGGACGUGUCGCGAGGAAGGCGACGUUGAAAACUCUGUCUUUCCCCUAGCAUGUCCUGCACAGGAAAAACUGAAAAAAAAAGAAAUAUCAGUACUGGAGAGCGAAUUAAACAGUGCAAAGCAUGCGAGAGAUUCGGACCUUUGCAAAAAAACACGGUUAAAAGAAUUGCUGCGCUCGAUAAAGAAUUGAUUAAAAAAAAGAAAGUUUUGACCUUAAAGAAGAAGAAGGCGAAGCUCAAGAGGAAAUAUAGGGCGCAAAAGAAGCAAGCAAUUAAAAAAUUGCUUAUUGCUAAUGAAAAUAUAGCCAAAGAACUGAAGUUGCGAGAUAAAGCAGGGCGGCCUCGCUCAGAGGAAGACCAACCUGAACUGCUCAAGGUAAUUGUGGAUAUCGCUUUAAUUGGCAGCUGAGCCGAUGAAUGGCGUCGGACGGAAAAAAUACGGACCAUCAAGACUCUAGAUGAGCUCCAUGAUGAAUUAACUCAUUUGGGCUUUAAUUUGUCACGCUGUGGUACCUAUUUGCGUCUUCUACUACGAAAUUCUAGCACAAAUCAGUUGAAGCGUUGGCGUCAAUGCUUGGGCCGAAGCAGACGGCUUUCAUUUCUCAGGAUGAUAAAGCUCGCGUACCAAUUGGCAUAACAGCAGCCAAGAAGUAGGCGCCAUUACUCAUGCACGUGGAGUAUAAGGCAACUCUUCCGGACCAUGACUGGGUGGUAGCAGAUCGCCACAAACUAAUGACUAGUGUGUACGCUGGUAUUGUUAUACACGAAGGCCAGCUUGAUGGUUCAUCAUCAUGUGGGUCUUACUCUGGGCCGACAUACAUUUCUAUCAGAAGUGGGAAGCACUCAUCGUCAUCUGCGUCCACCCACGCCUUUCAUCUUCAAAGAUUGAUGAAUUUGCCAGACUUCAAUGAAGUGCUAAAAGGGCAGUCACGUGUUACAUGUUGCCUUCAUAUUUACGGUGAAUGGCUUCUUGAGACCAGUGCUCAUUUUAUCGGUAGAUGGGGGUCCUGAUGAAAAUCCCCGCUAUCCAAAGGUCAUAGCACAUGGGGUGGAGAGUUUCAGGUAGCAUGACCUGGACGCCUUGUUCAUCAUUACUAACGCGUCUGGACGCCGCGCUUUCAACAGAGUUGAGCGCCGAAUGGCGCCAUUAAGUCGAGAGCUAUCGGGGUCUUAUCCUUCCGCACGACCACUUCGGCAGCCAUCUGAAUUCCGCUGGAAAGACAGUAGACUUCGACCUGGAAUUGAUAAAUUUCCAGUAUGCAGAAGUUCUUGCCGAAGUGUGAAAUAAUAUGAAAAUCGAUGACCAUCCAGUCAUAGCUGAGUACGCUACAACCAAGUGCGUACUCCCACUUCCUCCGAUGCCGUCGUCAGAGAGGUAUUCCACACAUGUUCGUAAGAGCCAGUACUUCUUGCAGUCCCAUGCGUAGUGAUCUAAAAAUGCUACUAUCAGAUGGGUUCUUACCACCACAUUUUCCACUUCGACGCUCAGAGUUAGGCCUAAGAGUACCCGAAUCUUCCAAUAUGGAAGAUAAGGAUUAUUUCCCUCCUUUGUUUGUGAGGCAAGGUAUCAAUUUCAGGCCUCUCGGAAAAGAUUUUCCCCUGAAUCCUCCAUAUGACUUAUACUGUCCCACUCUACAGUCGGCACUUAGAGAACGCACCUGUAAAGAAUGUGGUCUUUACUUUGACGCAAAAUUACACAAAAGUAUUCACCAAACCUCACAUAAGGAUGAUGUGCACGGAAAUUCGCCCAGUUCCAAAACAAUGCCUGUAUCGAUUCUCAAGCGCUGUGAACAUGAAGAUCUGUGCAUCAUUCAAGAGGGUGAGCUUGCUGAAGUUUUCUGGCUAGAUCAUGAUGAGAUAGACGAGAACUUCUUAGCAUUAUCUGUGGUAGAAACAGAGAAAGGCGAAGGAGGGUUGGAAGCAAUAAAUAGUAUUACUGAUUGGUUAACUGAUCAGUGGACCAUUGAUGAUACGGAAAAAGUAUCGUAUGAGUAGACCUGUCUUCCUUAAUUUAUAAACUAUUGGUGGCUAGCUGUUAUAAAAUUAGUAUUUGAAGUAAUAUAUUUUAUUUAGUUACUAUAAUUAUUUAUAUGUAU